CGCGAAGUUCGAAGGACCUGUCUGUCUGUAUGUCUGUCCAUUUACUGCACCACGUACGUCGCAUAAAGUCCCUGAGGCUCAUUCGACGACUGAAACACGCUAGCACACAAAUGAAGACUUUCGUCGCGCGAUGAAUACACAAAUACAGCGAGUAUACUAGAGGCAGAAACGUUCGUGUGUACAGUAUUACGUGGGCCGAUACAGAAGGCACAACAGCUGUGCACAUGAAAGUGAAUUGGCAAUGAGGGAACAUCUACUCACAGGAGAGUGCUACUGAAGUGACACAUUGAGAUACGCUACAACCACCAAAACUUCCCCGCCAUCCGCUUCGCUUCACUCACAAGUACACCUGCUGAGUGUCUGUGAUGGGCUGUCGACAUCUCGGGCACAGCCGCUCGGCCGGGGGACCGCUCAUCAACACGCCAGCACACCCACCACACAGACAGAUGUGGCGCUGCAUGCACACGUGGGCACCAAACAGACAUGGGAUAAUGACGGCAGCACGGCGUGACACUGUUGUGCUUACACAUGGGACGAGUAGAGUUGACUUGUAGUUGUCCAUGCACACAUCGCACUUCAAACCGUCGUCCGCUGCUGCCGUGGGGGCGGCCGGUGGGGUAUCAACGCCGGCCUGCUGCUGCUGCUGCUGCUGCUGCAGGUGGUGACUCGACUGGACAAACCUGGAGGACAACAAGAUGGCAUUCAUACACGAAGAGACAUGUGGAUGGAUGUCGCUCUCAUGUCGAUUGGCUCACUUCCACUGGACCUCUUGCAGCUGCCGUAUCAGCGCAUCGUUCUCCUGAUCCUUGUGGCUCAGUUGUCGGCGGAGCUGACCCACCAGAUGCUCGGCAGCAGCAGCACUGUCCGUCCCGACCUCGCCCUCUCCCCCGCCACAGCGCCCUCUCUGUCCAUCCGCUGUGUGUGAGCUGCUGCCGGCCGAUACGGACGUCCGCUGUGCGAAUGCCGUGUUGGUGUCAAUGGUGCUGGGCGAUGCUGCUGGUCGAUCGGCACCCUGACGCUCAGAUGCGGCGAGUGGGCGCACAAGUGCGUGUGGAGGCGGGUGCUGCGGUCGGGGGGGCAAUGCCGAGGAGCCGAUGGACGGCGGCAUAGCAGCCAUCAGGACGAGGGGCGGGGGGCCGCUGACCACAGCACGAUGCACACACAUGACAUACAGAUGAUGCACAUAUCUCUCUCUCUGUCUGUCUGUAAGUGUCUGUGUACCGGUGUGAGCGUGUCUGGGUGGGCACGUGAGUGACCAGCCCACGGCCAGCAGCGGGCCGCCGUGCAGCAGACGACGAGAAAGGCCGACCACUGAUACUACACCACACACACGGAUGCACCCAUGGAGUGGGCAGCCAUCCGAGUGAGUAUGGUAUUCGACUUACCUGAGCGGCUGUGUUUGGGUCACAGGUGCAUGCUGGAGUGUAAGGGCCGGCUCUUGUUGGUCUGGGCGUGCCUUCUUGUUUGGUUUCUUUCGACCCCUGACGACGGGCACGAACUCUCCAUCGCUGUCCUCACGAUCGACAGGCGAGGUGGCGGGGGCAGGGACGGCAGAUGAAACAUCACACGACGGUGAAGGGGCAGCACUGCACAGACACAGAAGGGAGAGGGAGAGAGCGUGUCAGUGAGGCAAUGAGGCCGUCUUCACUGUGGCUGUGUGUGGUUACGGUUGGGGGUCGGCAGAUGAGGCGGAGGGCGGCUGCUCGUCUGCGUCGGUGUCGACGACACCAGUGCUUACACUAAAGACAGACAGACCGACAGACCGACAGAACACAAGUCCUCCCCGACAGAUCUGAUGGCCACUCGUGGGUGUAUGGGUCAGCCCACCUGCUUGGUUCCUCGUCAUCAAUCGCCUCACUCUCUAUUGACACUGACUGCUGCUGCCCGUGCUGCUGCUGCUCGUGCUGCUGCGGGUGUCCGCCGCCCUUGCCGUCCUUCUUGCCGCCCCUUUUGGCUUUCUUGGCCUUGUCCUUCACCUCCUCCCCGAUGAGCCUCGCCGCGAUCUUCGCCGCUUUGGCGGCACCACUCUCCUGCUGCUGCUGCUGCUGCUGCUGUGGUGGGGCGCUCGGCUGGUUCAUCUCCUUGUGGAUGUCCUGCACGAGUUUGCGGACGUAGCGCCGGCGCGGUGUGGUGGUCCGAAUGAGCUGGAUGUCGGCACCGUGCCGCAGCAGUGUGCCGAUCACCUGCCUGGCCCUGUCGACCGCCUCCGGUGCUGCCUUGUCUCUCAGAAGCAAGGACAGCACAAACCCAGCAUACUCCAGCAGCGAGAUGCCCUCUGCGUUCGUGUGCUGCCUCUUGUUGAUCUCCUCCCUCCCGAGACGCUGGCACAGCCACUCCACCACACACGGCGCACCCGCGUGUACGGCGCUGCCAAGGGGCGUAUAUCUAUCACCAGUCCUGGCGGUAAUGGAAGCGCCGUGCUCGGCCAGCAGGGUGAGGUAAGAGCGCAGGAACUCCGCCGACAUGAAGCCCUCCGCCGAUCCGGACAUGUGGAUGGGGGUCAUCGUCUGCUUGCCGUCGCGGUACUCCUCACUUGCAAGUGUGGGAUCCUGUUGAAGCACACGACGGUACGCCUUCAGCAGAGCGGCCUCGUACUGGAAGGAGGGAGGGAACGGAAGGUAGGGCUGGUUUGGCAGGAAAGCCAGGUACAUCCCUUGGGUGACCGCACCAGCCCUGAGCAGCGCAUCGACGGCCGUGACGUUGGCACACGAGCGGGCAGCCGGCAGAGGCCGAAAACCUUCACCCGGCCGAAAGUUGGCAUUGGCCCCGGCAUCGAUGAGUGCUUCGAGCACCGCCUGCUGCAGCUCGCGAGAUGGCCACGGAGGGAGGGUCAAACGCGUGUCGGUGUUGCGGACGACGAUGGCGUCGAUGAUGACCAAGGACAGCAACCCAACAGGCGGCACUCGACGGGACGCCAGGUGCACCUCAAUGGCCACGUCCGCGUCGGCCCCCUCUCUACACAGACGAGUGACAUCGUCAGCCGAUGUGAUGGUGCGGCAGGCGGCUCGGGCCGCCAGCUCCAUGGUGGCAGGAUGACUGCCACCCUCGCUGUAGUCGACCUGGACGACCUUGGAGCAGCCCUGGGGCUCGAGCAGCUCCCUCAGGCUGCGAGAAUGAGGGUCUUCCAGUGCAGGCUCCCACUCCUGGUCCCAUAUGGUGUAACUGUGGGGCUCCUCGGACAUCUCACCAGGGUAACGGCAAGCACCGGCCGUCUGCAGCAAAGAGGAACAAAAUGAAGAGAAGUGAAGGGAGAUCUGUGCAAGGACGGGAGGCUGACCUGUGAUCUCAACACGACGUCAGACGGUUGGUUGGUUGUUGUGUUUAACGGGACUCGUGUCUGUAAUCCCGAGGGGAUCCUGUCCAGGUCACGCACUAAACUAGCAGCAUGCCCAUGCAUAAAAGCAUGCACACGGC